AUGUCAACAAACAAUCUACCAUCUAUCAUGCGCGCUCUGCUGCAGGCAGAUCCAACUUCUACAACCGUCACGCUCGUCGAGCGCCCUCUGCCAGCACCCGAUUCCGAGAAAGGCGAGCAUCUAGUCCGUGUUUAUGCUGCUUCUCCGUGCGCAGGCGAACUUCUAUGGCCUAGUUUUGGUUUUGAUAUCCCAGGGAAGGAGAUCGUUACCUGCGACGACGUAGGAGACGAAGUAUACGCUCGCACAAGCUACAAUCGCCCGGGUUGCGCUCGUGAUUACGCAAUUGUUACUACAGACGAGUUGGCCGUACGGCCCCGCAAGCUGAGCUGGGCGGAGUCUGCAGCUGUGCCUCUUUCUGCGGAAACAGCGUGGCAGGCUCUAUUUAAGUAUACUGGGGUUGGCGAAUUCGAUAGCCCCAACUGGAAGGGUAAACGUAUCUUGGUGACUGGGGCUUCGGGGGGUGUUGGGACCUGGAUCGUUCAGAUUGCAAGCCUCAUAGGCGCGGAAGUGGUUGGUACUUGCGGACCAGACAACAUAGACCAUGUCCGAGCACUAGGAGCCACUGAGGUACUGAACUAUCGCUCUGUCAAGGUCUCUGAGUGGGGUCAGAACCUAGUGAACAAAGUCGACAUCGUCAUUGACUGUGUUGGCGGUCAAUCACUUCAAGAUGCCUGGUAUUGCCUCCGUGAUAACGGCGUGAUCAUUAGUAUCAACCAACCACCGGAGGGUAAGCGACCAGCUGGAUUCGCCUCUAGCGUGAAAGAUAUUUUCUUCGUCAUGGAGCCAUCUGGCGCAAACUUGGCAGAAAUCACAAAGCUGAUUGACAAGGGCAAAUGCCGGCCUAUCGUUGAUAGCGUCUGGCCCUUGGAGCAAUUUAAAAUUGGAUACGGACGUUUGGAGAGUGGCCAUGCCCGAGGCAAGGUCAUUUUUGAUAUGUUGUUGAACACUGAAAAGCUGCCUGUACCAAUCUAA